AUUUAAUUCCACAGAUUUUUGUUACGUGGAAUUUAGCCAAAUUCCAUGGAAAUCUCUUCUUACUCAUCAAUGCUUGCAUCUGCACAAGCCUAUCUCAGCCAACAAGCAAACAACAGAAAACUUAUUUUCCAAUCUUCUCUCGCCAGACUCCUUUGCUCAUUAUCUUCUCGGCGCCAUCAACAGACCUUUCCCUUUCAAUUAAUCAGUCAAGCGAUCAAUCGGAUUGUUCUGUAUUCUCUCCACCUCUCUUCCCCAAAUCUACCAUGGCAACUACAGCUCCUCCUCCUCUCGAUCUCUGUACAGUCUUAACUGAAUCAAAACGCAUCAUCAACGCCCACUCCCGCCAUUUCCUCGCUCUCUCUGUCUUCUUUCUUCUUCCUCUCUCCUUCUCUCUCACUGUUUACCCCACCCUCCAGAACCUCCUCGCAUCAUCCUCCACCCCCAACUCCAAAAUCUCCCUCUCUACCUCCAUCCUCCUUGAUCAAGACCCAUCUAAUUUUGUCACUGUCAAAAUCCUUGUUCUUUCUCUCCUUUUCUCUCUCUUUAUCUUUGUUUUUGCUCUUCUUGCCGUUGGUUCUAUCACCUACAGCGUUCUCCACGGCUUCUAUGGUAGACCCGUCAAGCUCGUAGCCUCGAUCAGAUCGGCUUUGAUUUCUUUCUUUCCCCUUUUAGUAACUACCAUUUUAGCUCAAAUCAUUGUGCUUGCGAUAUUUCUUGUUUCUGGGUUUUUCUUGUUUUUGGUUAUUAUGGGGAUUCAGCUUGCGGGGUUUCAAGUCGAGUUCUUUUCUCCUUAUUUUACCGGGUUCUGUGUAGUUGUUUCGAUUGUUUUGAUAUUGAUUUUAGUGUAUCUGCAACUUAAUUGGUAUCUAGUAGGUGUUCUUGUGGCAGUGGAAUCGAGUUGGGGUCUUGAGCCAUUGAAGCGGAGUAGUUUUCUCAUAAAGGGAAUGAGAGGGGUGGCUUUAGCUUUAUUGUUGUUUUUUGGGUUUUUGGUGGGUAUUUUGUUAUUCAUUAGCUCUUUCUCAGGGAUCACACUGGGUAUUGGCACUAACGAUGGAUGGAAGAGCUGCGCAUUUGUUGUGCAAAUUGUAGUAACUUCAACACUGCUAAUGCUGCUACUCCUUUACCAUGUCGCUACAAAUACUGUUCUGUAUAUGUAUUGCAAGGCUGUACAUGGGGAGCUUGCUUGGGAAAUUGCUGAGGAAUUUGCAAGGGAGUAUAUCAGCUUGCCCUUUGAUGAGGGAAAAGUCCCUCACCUUGUAUCUGUUGCUUAUACUUGACAAAAGUAAAAAGGUCAGUGGUUUUGUAAUGCCUUACUCUCCAGGUUGUCUUAUUUUCUUGAUUUCAAUAUCUCAUAGUUGGUGUGUAAAAAAGAUCAGUUCCGUUAGAAUGGUGCAAACAGUAUUAAACUUGUAAAUACCAUUAGCCAUUAUUUGAAAUAAAGUAUUUGGUCUUUUGUUGA